CCCUUGUGAAGGCAAUCCGUACAUACGAGAUAGAAUCACUCGGGUAGACUACCAACGAUUCCUAUAGUUACCGAGAGUAAAGCAUACUUGCGCUUUGGAUAUCACUGUGGCCCUUCGACAUUGUAUCCGAGUACGUGUCUUAGAAGAAGACUUUAGCCAAUAACAUAGCUGGACAGCUGGAUGAGGUCCCACUAUGGAUGAGCUAUUGUUGCCUGCUUUACUAACGUCCUACGUGGCUGUGCCGCAGAAGACGUAUAUAAAAGGAUAUGGAUGAGUGUGAUUCGCCUUUUCGACAUAUUUACGGCAUAAAAAAUAUUAAAUAUAAAUUGUCCUUCGAGAUGGCAGGUCCAUCCAGCAUAGCAGACGAAUAUGACGAAUAUGAGAUCGUCAAUCACGAAGAAACCUCGUUGAGCCCCGAAGAAUUGGAAGAAAUACGCAACUGGCUUAAGCCCACCGACUACCUAGCCGAAUCUGGUGAAUUCGGCCGUCAUCUCUCAUCCCAAGCUCCCGGAACCGGGCUUUGGAUUUGCGAGACUGAUGAGUAUAAGAAAUGGCAUGACUCUUCAGAGCACGGCAGCCUUUGGAUAAAGGGAGCUGCUGGCGCAGGGAAAAGCGUCAUGGCGGCUUCGGUUAUUAAUCAUUUGCGCACAUCUGAGGACUGUCCUGUCCUCUUCAUGUUUUUCCGAAAUAUCGUCGCAGCCAAUUUCUCACCGCGUGCUCUCAUUCAAGAUUGGCUUGCCCAGCUUCUGCCCUACUCUCCUAAGCUACAGUUCUCUCUCCAGUCACGCCUAAAGACAAGCUUGGUAGAGACUUCGGACAACGAACUCUUUCAGCUUUUUCUUGAUGGAGUAUCAUCUGUCCCGAAAUGUUUCUGUAUUGCUGAUGCCCUGGACGAGAUGGACGAGAUGACUCCUGGAAACAGGCCGCUUCUUGAUAGGCUUAAUAGCUUGGCCACCUGUCGUCCUCACUCUUUGAAACUGCUCAUCACCAGUAGGCCCAAGCAGCAUCUGCAAAGUGCCUUGAGAGACUCGUCGAUCGUUCACAUUAGCCUCCAGCAGCGUCUUGUGGAUGCCGAUAUAGCAGCGUAUCUACACCAUCGUUUUGAUAAACUUCCUAAAACCGAUAAUGCACAAGAAAUUAAACAGCAGGUCAUAGAUAUGGUAGCAAAAAUGUCUCAAGGCUUAUUCCUAGUUGCAAAGCUUACGAUGGACCAAGUGGAAGCCUCUUUUAUUGCAGAUGGCCCAGUGGAUAUAUCUACUCUAGAAGAAACUCUUCCCGUAGGGUUGGAACAGAAUGGGUUUUCGCCGUUUCACUACGCUUUGCGUAGGUAUCCUACGACCUAAGGUUUGCGACCUGCUGCUCUCUAAAGGCGCCAGUAUGGACCCUGACCCGAACGGUCUCACAGUACUUCAUAAUAUAGCUUCCCAGUGUCUAAAAACGCGCCGCAAACCGCUCAGCUCCGGACGCAUAGACAUAGAGCUACCUGAAGACUAUUUUGAUCAAUGCUUAGCUCUCUGGUAAAGGUUCCUAGGGCCUAUCGAUGUAGCUGACAAUGCGGGUAACACCCCCCUUUUUACGUAUCUAUUAUCCAAGGAUAGAGACCGACGCAUGGAGCAUCCUGGAGAAUGCCAUCUUCUUCACUACGAUAAGCUUUUCCCGCGCGAUAGCCGUGUUGCCAUCUUCGCGGUAAAUAAAGAGCUCGAGACGGCGUUACAUGUGAUUGCUAGGAGAGAAAAGACAUACUAUACGGGAGAGGGUCAUGAUAAGGCAAUGUUUGAGGCUUUCAUUGCUAAAGGGCUAGAUCCGUUGAAAGAGGAUGCUAAGGGGAGGAGCGCAUUGGAUGUUGCCAGCGUCUUUGAGAAAAAUGAUAUUAUCGCGAUCUUCGGAAGGAAGUAGAACUUUCAUCUCAUAAUGAAGUUGGGAUUGAAUGAUGUUGAUUGAGUAAGAAUCUCACGACUCCACUUUAUCUAGUAGAGAUCUUAAAUAUGCCCUCAUCACUUGCAUCGCUAUUCCCUUAGAUUAGGUAAUUGAAGG